AUAAAGAUGCAUGGGGAAGUGAAAUAUGAAUAGCUACCAGCUAGUAGUACAAGAAGCAAUGUUGGAACGUGUAAUCGACUAUUGCCCACACAAACUGUAGAAGAAGCCGACCGCAGUCACAUCAUAUCUUCCCCUCAACUAAAUUAACCGAAACUUUUCCAGCCAUAAAUUACCAUAAAGCCCCCCUCCUCCCUUUUAAUACCCCGAAAAGAAUGGCUCACUGGCCGAGACAAACUCCUCUCACCAGUCACCCACAACCACCGACCUGUCACGCUGAAACUCUCUGCCUCACGCCAAACUCCUCCUCACAUCCCAUGCCGUGACUAACACACCACCAUCGCAUUUAUGUCAUUUACCAUUUUGCCACUCCACCACUCUUCAUUACUAGUCUCACACUCACACGUUAAUUCGUUCAUUCAACUCAACACCCGCUUUCUACGCUACCCUUCAUUUUCCCAAGAGAUUUUCCAUUUUUCUAUUAUUUUUCUAUUGCAAGGUUUCCGUGUCUUUUUCCCUUUUUUUCAAACUCUCUUGUUUCUUCUCCGUUCAUAAUAUUUUAUACUCCGGAAUCUCUCUUUACUGUUCUAUUAUUCAUUCAUUUUUCUUUGUUUUAAUAUUUUAAUAUUUCUUAUAAUAAUGCUAACUGAUUGAAUGUCAAUGAAAAUUUGAUUACUAUAUCUGUUUUUCUCUUUCCGAAGGUUGGGGUUUAAGCCGUUUUCAGUGAAGUCUGAUUAUGAUGGAUGAGCGGCGGCAUUCUGUUGAUAUACCGAUUUCUAAGACUCUUGUGGCAUUGAGGAGAGUGAGGUCAUUGAGGGAUCCAUCAACUAAUUCUAUGAUCAAACGUUCUUCUUUGAUUGACAACUUACAUUGGGAUAACCGUUCCGGAAAUGGGAUUUCUCUGCUGUUUCCGGAGGAUGUUCAUGUUUGUGAUUCUGAUGAUAGUGUUGCUUUUAGAACAAGGAGUUCAGGUUUUAAGGAGCAAAGAGAGCUGGAUGCUAGUGGUUCAGAAUUGCAUCACCAUGGUCUGUUGAAUUCACGGAUGUAUCAACCAAGUGUUUAUGGAAAUAAAUCGCCUAAUGAAAGCUGUGGUAGUAACCAUGGUGGUAAAGGAUUGGGUAUGAAUGAUUUCGAGGAUGGGGAAUUAAGCUUUAGAACAACGGGCAGGUCGUCUAAACUAGGGAGAAUAGAUCGCUUUAAGUCGGCCAAAAAGCCCCCGCGCAAGAGUCAAGUCAAACCAUCUGAUGUAAUGGGAGAUACUACUAGCCAUUUGAGCAGUCCGUGCCUUUCUGUUCGUGAUAGUUUAUUGCGCCAUGGUUCCUCGGGGUAUAUGGAUCAAGAUUUUGAUGUUCAAGAUAAUAGUGAUAAUGGAUGUGGAUUAAGUUAUUGUUGGUCAAAGUCACCAAGGUUUAUAGAGUCGGAUAUUUGUUGUGAGACAGAAGAUCGUCCGUUGAUAUUGCAUUGCGUGGAGGACAUGGAACUUCAUGAACGUAGAAGCGCGAGACAUAGUGGUGGUGAAGUUAGUCCAAAUUUGGAAACACCUAGAAUGUUUUCAAUGAAAUUCAGGCCUAAAUUAUUUGGUGAUUUGGUGGGACAAGAUGUGGUUGUUAGGUCUCUUUUGGGUGCAAUCUCGAGUGGAAGGAUAACAUCAUUUUAUCUAUUCCAUGGUCCACGCGGUACUGGCAAGACAUCUGCCUCAAGAAUAUUUGCUUCUGCGCUGAACUGCGUUGCUGUUGGGGAGCAAAGACCAUGUGGUCUGUGUAGAGAAUGCAUUCUAUUCUUUUCAGGAAGAAGUAAAGAUGUUAAAGUAGUGGAUUCUAUGAAAAUCAAUCAAACAGACCAGGUUAAAUCUCUUGUUAAGAAUGCGUGUUCUCCUCCAGUUUCGUCAAGUUUUAAGAUUUUCAUUAUCGAUGAGUGCCAGUUAUUGAACGGGGAGACAUGGGCUUGCCUUUCGAAUAACCUAGAGAACAUUUCUCAACAUGUGGUUUUUGUGAUGAUCACUCCUGAUUUGGAUAAGCUUCCUCAAAGUGCAGUUUCCCGGGCUCAAAGGUAUUACUUUCCAAAGGUUAAAGACGCUGAUAUUACACGCCGAUUAGAAAGAAUAUGUGCAGAAGAAGGUCUUGAUUACGAACAAGCUGCUUUGGACCUAAUUGCUGCAAAAUCCUCUGGUUCUGUUAGAGAUGCCGAAAUUAUGCUUGAUCAGCUAAGUUUGCUUGGAAAAAAGAUUAAAGUUUCCUUAGUUUAUGAGCUUACUGGGAUUGUUUCGGAUGAUGAAUUGUUUGAUUUGCUAGAUUUGGCCCUAUCACCUGACACUUCAAAUACAGUUAUAAGAGCUCGUGAGCUGAUGAGAUCGAGAAUAGAUCCUUCGCAACUUGUGUCCCAGUUAGCAAAUCUCAUAAUGGACAUCCUUGCGGGGAAAUGUGAUUAUGAAGCCAGAAGUAGAUUUUCUAGUAGAUACACAUCGGAAGCAGACCUUCAGAAACUAAGCCAUGCGUUGAGAAUACUCUCCGAUGCCGAGAAGCAAUUAAGAAUUUCAAAAAAUCAAACAACGUGGUUCACUGUAGCUCUUCUACAGUUAAGCUCUAUUGAUUAUCCUUCCACAGAUGUAAAUGGUGCCAAGUUGCUUCUGAGAGGGCAGAGCUUGGAACACCUUUCUACAGGUGGUUGCGAAAACAAGUCAUUUAGAUUAGUGGCGCACGAGGAUCACGAAGGAACACUGGAUUCCAUAUGGUAUAGAGCUACCGGGAUAUGCCAAUCUAGUCAGCUCAAAACUUUUCUCAGAAAGAAGGGAAAGUUGUCUUCACUUCAUGUUGAUCAAUCUACUUCUUGUCUUGCUAUUGCAGAGUUGGAGUUUGGCAAUCGCCGCCAUGUAUCCAAGGCCGAGAAGUCAUGGAAAUUGAUAGCAAGUUCCUUGCAACGCAUAUUGGGCUGUAACAUUGAGUUGAGGAUCACUCAUGUACCUCAAACUUCUAAUUCACCAAAGAGGUUAUCUUUCAACAUCUUUAGUUGUGCGCGCGAAAUACAAGAAAGUGAAAUAGACUAUGCUGAUCACACUUCUCAAAAAUCCAUGAUGAAGAAUACAACACUAUCAUCUUCCUCUGAUUGUGGAUCCCAGGAGCCACCACUGAAGUCUUAUGAAGGAAUGGAUGUCAUAACGACUCUGAGGAGUUGCGAAGGGAACUUGCUCAGCUCGAGAGAAAGAUUUUUGAAUAGGUCUUCUUCUCUAGAAACUAUGAGAGCAUCAUGUUCUAGAGUUGAUUCUUACAAUGAAGAGGGACACAGCAGUGCACAUUUAGUUACAUAUGUUCCCAAUUCAGACAAUCAGUCUAACUGUUUUCCUCAAGCUCUCUGGCUUCAAAAGAAGUCCCCAGCUUCACAUUCAUCCAAAUUGUCAUUUCAGGGUAUCUAAAAAUAGAAAGAUUUUGCUUUUUAUAUCCAGAGUUGUACAUGUUUUGAGACAUAUAUAUACCUAAGCUGAUUAAUCCUGCAUUUUCUGCAGUAGCUUUAAAUGUUUGCAUUAUUAAUACUAUUGGUGAUGCUUCUGUUAUUAUACAGUCAUAACCUACUAUAGUCUACAUAGUAUCAGACACCUCUGAAAAAAAGUGUGUUCGUGUCCGUGUCAGGCACAUGAACCGACAAUUAUGAUUACGUUUUAUUUAUUUAUUUUUUUAAACUAUUAUUGGAAUUGUUGGACCACAAGUUCAUAACAAUGUAGCUGCCUAUGUGGUGUAUACAUAACUGGUGUAUACAUAACUGUUGUUGAUGAACGUGCCUUCUUUGCCUGACUUUUACAGGAAGCAAAAA